UUAGCAGUAGGAUAACUAACAGAAUAACAAUUUUUUUAUGAAAAUUACUAUCGUUUUUCUAUUUUAAUCAGGAAAUCGUAUAUUUAAAAAAAUGUUUAAGCCCUAGACAGUUAAUUGCAGCGAAUAUACCAACAGGUAAUUAAAAAUACCUAAAUAAUAAUACUUUCUUGUGUUGUUCUAAGAUCUUACGUUUGAAAGAAUAAUAAGUACUAUGAAUAAGAAAAGAAAUGUGAGUUAUAUAAAACCUGAAGAUCCAGAAUUUCUCAAAGUAUUAAAAAGGCAAGCUGGGUAUGAUGACAAGAACCACAAGUUCGAUGAACUAAUGAAUGCUGAAGAUGAUUUUGUUGAUGAUGAAGACAGUGAACAGCCACAGGUGGUGGUGCUUAAAGAUGGCGACCUAACAGCAGAGGAAGCAGAGGCAGAGAGAAUUAGAAUAGAAAAAUUGGAAUCUGAAACAAAGGCAGAUUUAACUCAGCGUGUUGUGUUUAAGGCAAAAGGGAAGUCAGCUGAGUCUUCAACUUCAAAAAGGAAGCAUGAAACAAGCUCGAAAAUCAAAGAAAAGAAAAGUCGUCCAAUGUUGUCAUUUGAUGACAACGAGGAAGAUGAUGCUGAAGAUACUGAAACAUGAUGUUUAACUUUAUUAUUUAAGCCGUACAAUAAAAUAAAAAGUAUUGAUCACCAUAGAAAUAA